GUACUGGACAUGCUAACAACGCUGGGACAGGCGCUACGUCAUCGCCGGCGAACCCCUGCUAAGCCCGCGCUCGGCGACCCCGCAUUAGAUUGCAAAAUGCAGUCGCGACUUGACGCGUGCCAGCCCACUUCGGUACCGCCGACCGAUCUGCAAAAGGAGGAAUACAAGGCUCGCCCAGUGUAUUGCCAGAAAUCUUGAAAGCUGGCAUUAUGAUACCUAUUACCAUCGUCACAGGGUUCUUGGGAUCGGGAAAGACCACUUUGAUCUUGAACCUGAUACAACAACUGCCGAAGGACUACAAGCUCGCUCUUCUCAAGAACGAGUACGGCGAUGUUGCUGUCGACUCUCAGCUUGCCUCCUCCCAAGCAAUUUCUGGAGUACAGGAGCUCCUUAAUGGCUGCAUUUGCUGCAAUCUUGUAGGCCAACUGUCUGAGGCUCUCGAGCAGCUUUCAAAUGAUGUUCGACCCGAUCGCAUCGUCGUCGAAACCUCCGGGUCGGCAUUCCCUGCGACACUGGCAAUGGAAGUCAACCGCCUCUCGCGAGAAACAGGCAAAUACGUACUCGACGGAGUGAUGAGUGUCAUCGACGUCGAAAACUGGAAGGGAUACGAGGAUACAAGUUAUACGGCAAAGAUCCAAGCAAGAUAUACCGAUCUCAUUGUUUUGAAUAAGUGGGAGCUGGUAGAUGAGAGGCGACUCGAGGAUGUCGAGGACAAAAUCUUGGACUUGGACGUGGAUCCCCCCAUUCCUAGGCAGAAGAGCAGCAAAGGCUGGGUUGAUAAGGACAUCGCAUUCGGGCUAGACGCAAAGCUAGCAAAGGCUGUUGAACAGCCGAGUGAGAAUGGCCACGCGCACGAGCAUGAUCACAACCACUCGAGCGAGGUGGAAGUCCUGAGUAUCACGCUUGCUAGCAACGACCUGAAAAGUAGCGUCGACACAGACAAACUCGCUAAACUGCUCGAGAGUCCUACAAAAGACGAAGUCUACCGCAUCAAGGGAGUGCUAUACGCAUCCACUCCCCCGGAGUCUUCAGACAAGGACAUCGCCACGGCGACAACGGCGAACGGGAGAGGACGAUACAUCCUAAACUGGGCGUUUGGGCGAUGGUCAUUCACCCAUAUUCCCGAGGCACCAUCAUCUGCUGGAAGCAACGAGCCAGAGCUUCGACUGACCGUUGUCACUGCGCGAUACGAAUCAAACAAAUGGAAGAAACGAAUCGAGUCAAGUGGGUUCAUUGCACUGCAAGACGGCAUAGAAGGGCAGUUGACGGUAGAGAAGAAGCUAUAGAACGAUACCCAGAUACUCAAUGCCAUAGACGAUGCUACAUCAUCCAAUUGACAUCUCUCACCUUCCAUCUGUUCACCCAGAUUGAAGACUAAUCCUGGGAGUCUUUCCAAGCAACAGUCGGGUUCUUUGGGUGCAGA